CCUUCGGCGAAGAUAUAUUAGCCAAUCAAAUUCAAACCCACUCAGAUCCAGAUUCGUUAAAUCUAUCCGGAUCUGAUUACUUCAACGGGUCGGAUCCAGUGAUCUGGCACUUCACUUCAAAAUGGUAAGUGGGUUUUCAAGUUCUUCGCAUACCCAACAAUGUCGCGAUUUCCUCGAAGAUUCAUAGAUGAUUCAUCAAUGGAGGAUCCACGAAUCUCUCUCUGCCCAAGUAUUCACUACAGACCUAUAAAACCUAAUGAUCUAGAUCGUUUGGAGCAAAUCCAUCGCGACAUCUUCCCCAUCAAGUAUGAGUCUGAGUUUUUUCAGAGUGUUGUGAACGGAGUUGAUAUCAUCUCAUGGGCUGCUGUUGAUCGAAGCCGGCCUGAUGAUCACUCUGAUGAACUUAUUGGUUUUGUUACUGCCAAAUUCGUGCUUGCCAAAGACAGCGAGAUAGAUGAUCUUGUUCAUUACGAUUCCUCAAAAGGAGAGGAGACUUUGAUAUACAUCUUGACACUCGGAGUUGUAGAAACAUACAGAAACUGUGGAAUCGCAAGGUCACUUAUAAGUGAGGUGAUUAAAUAUGCUUCUGGUUUAUCAGUGUGUCGAGGAGUUUACCUUCAUGUGAUUGCACACAACAAUGCUGCUAUCUGUUUGUACAAAAGAUUGAUGUUCAGAUGCGUGCGGAGACUACAUGGAUUUUAUCUAAUCAAACGACAGCAUUUUGAUGCGUUCUUGUUUGUCUACUUCAUCAACGGUUCUCGAACUCCUUGCUCACCCUUACAGGUGGCGAUUUUUAUUGUGAAUUAUAUGAAGAGUGGCAUCAAGUCAGUGGCAUCUAAGCUGGUGAACGAGGAGAAAGGCCAAAAGAACAGAAAAAAGUUUCUUCACGCGGUGGCAAUGGCGUCUUCUUCCUCCUCCUCCUUAUCCGUCACCAUUUUCCUCCUCUUGGCGCCUCUCUGCUUUUCACGUGAGUUACCUUCGCAAAUCCCAAACGGAACCCUAGAUCUCUCUUUACUAUGGUACGGCCAAUUCACGCCUAUUCAAAAGGGGAGGGUUCAAGAUUUCAUAGAAUCGGUUAACUUCGACGCCAAGGAAGGUCUUGACCCGAAGGUAUCGGCAUGGUGGAAAGUGGUGGAGAGUUACCAAGAGAGGUUUGAGGUGAAGGAUAUUUACCGACAGAAGAAGAGUAACAGAACCGUAGCUCCGAGGAUUAAGGUCAAGGUUGUCCGGAGUUAUGUGGAUGAGAAGAUGAAGUAUGGAAAGGAAUUGACAAUCGGGAAUGCUGAGAAACUUGUUGAGACGGCAAUCGGAAAUAUGUCGAAAGUGGUGCCCGUUGUAUUACUUUCGGCGCAAGUUAAGGCUCAUGGCGUAGGGUUUUGUGACGGAACUUGCCAACAUAACGCCCUUGCCAAAAUUAAAGGUCAAAAAGAACCACGACCGUACAUAAUGGUAAGCAACCCGGAGGAUGAAUGUCCCGGAGAGUGCGCUUGGCCUUUCCACACGGCCGACAAGGGUCCACGUGGUAUGACCUAUCAACCGCCAAGUGGCGAAGUUGGAGCCGACGCAUUGGUUAUUCAGCUAGCCACCGGUUUAGCCGAUCUCGCCACCAAUCCAACUCUAACCGAGUUCUUAUUCAAAUCUGAGACGACACCGUACAACGAUGACGGAAAGAGAAACCAUGUUUCUUCCAUCUAUAUCGCGGACCCUGCAACCAAGUGCACUCGGGUUUUUGGAUCCGGAGCUUUCCCAGGUUUCACCGGUAGAAUUCGGGUUGACCCGGUAACUGGUGGAGCCUUUAAUUCACACGGAAUCAACCACUUGAAAUUCUUGAUUCCUUCUAUUUGGGACCCUAAGACCAAAUCUUGCUGGACUCCUAUGUAAACCGUUAUUAUUACAUAUUGUUACACAGUUUUUACCCUUCAUGAACUUUUAAGGUUGUUUUGUUAUUGGAAAUAUUCAAUACACAACUAGACUUGGA